AUGGAUCUGCUUCUCCUGCUCACCUUGCUCCUCCUUGCGCACGCGGCGGCUUGCCUGGUGCGCACGGCGGUCGCCCACCGCCGGCGGUCGCACUGCUACCUCCUGGACUACGUCUGCCACAAGCCGUCCGACGACCGAAAGGUGAGCACGGAGAUGGCCGGCAGCCUCAUCUUUCGCAACCACCGCCUCGGCCUCCCCGAGCACCGCUUCCUCCUGCGCGUCAUCGUCCGCUCCGGCAUCGGCGAGCACAGCUACUGCCCGCGCAACUUCGUCGAGCGCCGCGAGCACGCGCCCACCCACCAGGACGCGCUCGACGAGAUGGACGCCUUCUUCGACGCCGCCAUCUUCGACCUGUUCCAACGCACCGGCAUCGCGCCCGGCGACGUCGACGUGCUCGUCGUCAACGUCUGCAUGUUCUCCCCGGGGCCGUCUCUCGCCUCCCGGAUCGUGCGCCGCUUCGGCAUGCGCGAGGACGUCGCCGCGUACAACCUCUCCGGCAUGGGAUGCAGCGCGGGGAUCGUCUCGCUGGACCUCGCGCGCAACGCGCUGCGGGCGCGGCCGGCGUCCGUCGCCCUCGUCGUCUCCACCGAGUCCAUCGCCCCGCACUGGUACACCGGCACCGACAGGUCCAUGAUGCUGGGUAACUGCCUGUUCCGCUGCGGCGGAGCCGCCGCGCUGCUCACCAACGACCCCUCGCUCGGCAGGCGCGCCAAGAUGGCGCUCCGCCACCUCGUGCGCGCCAACAUCGCCGCCGACGACGAGGCGCACGCCAGCGCGCAGAAGCGCGACGACGGCAGCGGCCGCGCCGGGAUCAGCCUCAGCAAGGACCUUCCCAAGGCCGCCGCCCGGGCACUGACCCUGAACCUGCGCCGCCUCGCCCCGCGCGUCCUGCCCGUGACCGAGCUCGCGCGGUUCGCUGUCCGUAACCUUUGCAACAACCUAGUUCUCUCCCGCGGCCACGCCAAGAAAACACACGGCGCUGCUGCCAACAAGAUCAACUUCAAGGCCGGCGUGGAGCACUUCUGCAUCCACCCCGGCGGCACGGCGGUCAUCGAGGGGGUGAAAGGGAGCCUAGGUCUCGACGCCUACGACGUGGAGCCGGCGCGGAUGACCCUGCACCGUUGGGGGAACACGUCGGCGAGCAGCCUGUGGUACGUGCUGUCGUACAUGGAGGCCAAGGGGAGGCUCAAGAGAGGAGACAGGGUGCUCAUGCUGACGUUCGGGUCGGGCUUCAAGUGCAACAGCUGCGUGUGGGAGGUGAAGGGCUGCAUGGCGGACAAGGGCGCCUGGGCAGAGUGCGUCGAGGAAUACCCGCCGGAGAGCAUGGCGAACCCCUACAUGGAGAAGUAUAGCUGGUUGAACGACGUCCAAGGCGACGCCCUGCUUCUAUAG